AGACACGCACGCACGCGCACACAAAAGGCGGGCGGGCGGACGAGCGCAUUUCUGCUCCUAAAUCGUAGCGGUCGAGCUGAGGGAGGCAGCGAGCUGCUCUAGGAUGACGCCGUCCCCGGCUCAUAGGGGCUCUCCGUCGGCCAUGAGUCUUAAGCCAGCGGCUCUCUGGUGGCCGAUACUGGUGUAAAAUGCAGCGGGUCACACUGGCAGCGCUGGUCGGCCUAGCUGAGCCCGGCUGCUCGCCUCCGCCGCUCCCGUUUCAGCUUUAGCACUUGCUACUGCCUUCUUUUUUUUUAAUUAUCGCGGCGUCAUUGUUUUCAGGUCAAGAGUUUCUCGAGCGGCUCGUUUGGACUAAAAAUGGCCGGAGAUGGCGGCGCUCUCAAGGAUAUUAAUGAGAUUAAGUCGCAGUUCCGGACCAGAGAGGGUUUCUACAAGCUGCUCACCCUCUCCGACUCCCAGCAGCGGGGCGGGCUGCCAAGGGGUCCCUCCGCCGGGGCAACGCUGGGCCCCGCGGCUGGAGCCGGCCCGAUACCUGGUGGAGGUGUCGGACUGUUGCAGGGGCCCGGUGCCGCCGCCGCCGCUGCAGCAGCUGCCGCAGCCGUCGCCUCCUCAUCGAAUGCCGCAGCUAAUUCUUCCCCGGCGGGUUUCCUGCCGCCGGUGCGGGUCUCCAUGGUCAAGCUCCAGCCCGAAGACCCGGGCGAGGAGUCAGAGCGGGUGUGCUUCAACAUCGGCAGGGAGCUUUAUUUCUACACGUACACUAACAUUAAGAAGGCAGUGGACCUGAGCAAGCCAAUUGACAAAAGGAUUUACAAGGGCACGCAGCCCACGUGUCACGACUUCAACCAGUACUCGGCGUCGGCCGACAGUGUGGCACUCAUCGUGGGCUUCUCGGCCGGGCAGGUGCAGUACCUGGAUCCCAUCAAGAAGGAGACCAGCAAGCUCUUCAAUGAGGAGCGUCUGAUUGACAAAUCCAAGGUAACGUGUCUGAAAUGGCUCCCCAAGUCUGAGAACCUGUUCCUGGCCUCUCACUCGAGCGGCCACCUGUAUCUCUACAACGUGGAGCAUCCAUGCGGCACGGCUGCACCUCAAUACUCGCUUCUGCGUCAAGGGGAGGGCUUCGCCGUGUACGCCUGCAAAACCAAGACACCCCGAAACCCUCUUCUGCGCUGGGCCGUGGGCGAGGGUGGCCUGAACGAGUUCUCCUUCUCCCCUGAUGGGGUCCACGUGGCAUGUGUGGGCCAGGACGGCUGCCUGCGGGUCUUCCACUUUGACUCCAUGGAGCUCCAGGGUGUGAUGAGGAGUUACUUUGGAGGACUAUUGUGUGUCUCAUGGAGCCCAGAUGGCAAGUACCUGGCCACGGGGGGAGAGGACGACCUGGUCACCGUGUGGUCCUUCGCCGAGAGCCGGGUGGUGGCCCGCGGGCAUGGACACAAAUCCUGGGUCAACGUGGUGGCGUUUGACCCCUUCACCACAUCCCUGGAGGACGAGGAGCCCAUGGAACUCAGUGGGAGUGAGGAGGACCUCCACCAGGGAGGGGCGCCCAACAAUACUACCCCACACUUUGGACGGGUGCGCACCAGCAGCACUCUGUCACGGCUCUCCCGGCACAGCUCCAAAGGCGGCGGCUCAGCGGCUGUCACCUACCGAUUCGGAUCCGUCGGGCAGGACACCCAGUUUUGUCUGUGGGACCUUACAGAUGAUGUUCUAUACCCUCGUCUGCCGCUUUCGCGAGCCUUUACAAAUACUUUCGGACCCACGCUACCCAACUCUGUGGGUGGUGGAGUGGAGGGCCACCACCACCCACCUGUUGUGGGCACUUCCAACCCGCCCACGCUGCCUCUCCCACUGCCUCGCUCCCUCUCCCGCUCCAACUCACUUCCCCACCCAGCGGUCGCAAACACCUCCAAGAGCCAGGGCGCCACGGAGGGCGGCACUGGGGGAACAGGAAGUGGGACCGGUACCGUUGGAAGUGCCCCGGGUAACACCGCGCCGUUCAGCAUCGGCCGCUUUGCCACGCUUUCCCUCCAGGAGCGCAAGUCGGACAAGUCGGUGGUGGGUGGCGGGGUGGAGAAAGAACACAAACGCUACCACAGCCUGGGUAAUAUCAGCAAGAGUAACGAUAAGAUCAAUGUGGCACCGCGAGGUAGCGGGCGCCUGGACGCCGCCAAAGUGCUGGGCACCACGCUUUGCCCGCGCAUGCAUGAGGUGCCACUGUUGGAGCCACUCGUGUGCAAAAAGAUCGCCCAUGAGAGACUCACCGUGCUAGUCUUCAUGGAUGACUGUAUCAUCACGGCAUGCCAGGAGGGGCUCAUCUGCACCUGGGCCAGGCCUGGCAAGGCGAACUUAACAGCACAGAACGGAAACUCUCCAAGCGGCACGGUGGUAUAGCUGCACCUUCAUCACUCCUCCUACCAUCCCGAAAUGGAAGGCAACCGACAACACCCGACCACUUCACCAAUGCAGUAUUACCCUCUGCUCAUGCUGCAGACGCCACGGCCAGCUGUAUUUAAGUAAUUUAUUUCAUCAUUAAACUGUCUAGUAAUUUAUACUGUAAAUAGUCAAAGUACUCUUUAACGGCAAGGAGGCGCUACAGGAAGCAAGUGAACACAUUGUACGUGGCAACGCACUGAAUGUCUUUUCAGGAGUUCUGUCUUGAUGUCACCAUCUCUUUUUGAGUUAAUGCCGGUUGCUCUUGAGAUGCCUCAAGGGGCUCUGAAAACGGCGUGUCAAGCUCGGGUCCAAGUCACGUGACCACACGCACAAAACACACUGUUGCUGAUGGGGUAGCUGCAGAGUCAUAUGUAUGUCGUACUCAUUCAUGUUGCACAAAGGAGUAUUACAAACCUGCUGGGGUGGUGCGGGAACCAUACUAUGAGGAUGAAGAUGGGGGGAGGGG